AUGUACCGGACACCCCCGACAAGCCGAGAUCCAAGCCCGGAACGCAAAGACAGCACCAACGUGGUCUCGGACCAUCGAGCAAGCCGCCGUCUUCAACAACUGCCCCAGGAGCACGGACUUUUGCCUGAGACGACCAGGAAGAUCGCCACAAAGUCCACACCAAUGGCAGCCCCAGCAUCCCCCAUCGUGCUGCAGCAGCCCAGGGAGCCUCCGACGUUCCGUGGUUCAACAGUGGUCACCUUGGGAGACACCACCGUUCUCGAGAACUACAAAAGGAUUCUUCGACUCGGUCCGAAGUUCUUCUUUGAGCCGGCCUUCACUCCACCAGAAAAAGUAGCACUGACCAAGACCAUGGCCCGUCGUGUGGCCGAAGAAGAGCGUCCACGUUUCAUCACUAAGUGUAGGGAUGUGCUGUCCAGGACAAUGACCGCCGACAGAAAAAAGCAACACGUAGCGUGGCACUGGGACGAGCAUGCUAGAAAAGCGUUCAACCAAGUGAAAGCGCUAUUGGCACAACCACUUACGCUCGCACACUAUGACCCUGAAAGACAACUUAGACUGUCAUGCGACGCUUCUCAGUAUGGUGUAGGAGCGGUCCUAUUUCAUGUCUACGAUGACGGAAGGGCGCGGCCCAUUGCUUACGCUUCACGCACGCUAUCUGAAGCGGAAAAGAAAUACAGUCAACUGGAGAAAGAAGCGUUAGCCAUCAUUUUCGAUGUAAAGAAGUUCCACUUCUAUCUUUAUGGGCGCUCAUUCACAUUGGUCACAGACCAUAAGCCGCUUCAAACAAUAUUGGGCCCGACAACCGGUAUUCCCACCAUCGCGGCUGCUCGUUUGCAACGCUGGGCCGUUACGUUGGCAGCCUAUUCCUACAAUCUUAUCUUCAAAAAAUCGAGCGAGAACGCUGAAGCCGAUUUCUGCUCGCGUCUGCCGCUGCCAGUUCUUGAAGCGGAAACCACAGAAACAGAGGAAACAUUUUAUUCGUUGCGCUUGGACUCGUUGCCUGUUUCUAGUCGAGAUAUCGCGGCUGCCACAUGUAAAGACCGAAUUCUUUGUCAAGUGAAGGAAUUCACAAAUGUAGGAUGGCCCGCGUCGAUCAAGGAUGAACAGUUGAAGCCUUUUUUUCGCAGAUGCAACGAACUGACGGUGCAUCAGGGAUGCGUCAUGCUGGGCGCAAGAGUAGUCGUGCCUGCAAAGCUACAAGGGUUCGUUCUGGACGAACUCCAUGACGGCCAUCCCGGCAUCGUACGCAGCAAAGAACUAGCACGCAGCUACGUGUGGUGGCCAACUCUUGAGGCGGACCUCGAACUUCGCAUCAGUAGCUGCGCUAGUUGUCAAGAGCAACGUAACGCUCCAAUCAACGCACCUCUUCACCCGUGGUCAUGGCCGACUUCACCGUGGCAGCGUGUUCACGUAGACUUUGCGGGACCUUUUCAGAAUACCAUGCUUUUAGUGGUGGUCGACGCACAUUCUAAAUGGCCAGAGGUUUUCGAAAUGAGAUCGACAACUACAGAAAGCACGAUUCGUUGUUUGACUGAGCUCUUCGCACGUUUUGGUUACCCUGAAACAAUUGUUUCCGAUAAUGGACCUCAGUUUGCUUCGCAGGAGUUCAAGCACCUCGUGCAGGCAAUGGGAGCGCGCCACGUCCUCACGGCUCCCUACCACCCCAGCUCCAAUGGGUUGGCAGAGCGUUUCAUCCAGACCUUAAAGAAUGCGCUGCGCAAAGACGGUACAGGAGGAACAUUGCAGGUAAAGCUGCAUAAAUUUUGGCUGUCGUAUCGCAACACGCCACAUGCGACGACUCGUGAAUCACCGGCGGCAUUGCUCCUAGGACGACGCUUACGCAGUCGGCUAGAUGCCGUAAAGCCUUCCGUGGGGGAAAGAGUAGCACACAGACAGUGCACUCAGGCAUUAAGUCGUCCGUGUCGCGAACGUCACUUCUUGGUAGGCGACAGCGUGUUAGCACGUAAUUAUUCGGGAAAACCAAAGUGGACUCCCGCUGUGAUUGUUGCUCAAACAGGACCUGUCUCUUUCCAAGUACGUGCAACCACCCCGAGGGGCACAUUCACCUGGCGUCGGCACCAGGAUCAGCUGUUACAGAGGCCUGCAGAGUACGUUACCCCUAGGCAUGGAACAGCUGGCGAAGUUACGACCAGCGAGUUCCUGUUUUAUCCUGAGACUGCAGGCGCACCAGUUCCUUCCAGUCCUCAACCGCCCAUGGUAACUCCGGUUGCGCAACAGGCAACACCAGCACCCGCCGAGGCAAGACGCUACCCCAUGCGAGAUCGUCGCCCACCGGAUAGAUUCCAAGUUGGACUCUGAGUGACUGUGUGCUCCAUUAAAAGGGGAGGUGGUGUUGUGUCGGCUGGCGCUCGUCUUGAUAAGAGCACUCUGCGAAGUGCGCAUG